CACUUGUCUGUCUGACGCAUACUCAAAGCUCAACUCUUCUGCUAUCAGCUUUGAUCUGUUCGUCUCACGUUUUAACCACUCUUAGUUACUGAUCCUGUCAUCCUUCUUCUUUUCUCUGUCUUGUCUGGAUUGACCGUAGGUGCCACCCAUACAUCCCUGGUGAUCGUCACUCCGGUGGCUUUCCCAUUGCCUGUUCUUCUCCCAUUUCAUUUCAACCCAGCCAAAUACAACACAGACUGAUCUGGCAUCCACAGGGCGCGUCAUGGCUGCUCCAGGCAUUGACAUGAGUAAUCUUGAAAAGCCUCAUGAAUCGGAGGCCUCCUCCUCGACGCACACCGAUGCAAUCAUUGAUCCAGCCACUGAAAAAGCUUUGGAUCAGCAUCUAAAGCCUCCGGUGGCGCCAUCCAGUCCUAACGGUGGGACGACUCUCCAUCAGUUGGAGAAUGCUUCCGAAAAAAUUGAGCUCACCGAGGACGACUGUUACGAUCAACUUGGCUAUGCUUUCCCUGCUUGGCGAAAGUGGAUGAUCAUCUCAGUCAUCUUCCUCGUCCAGACCUCGAUGAACUUCAACACUAGUUUGUACUCGAAUGCCCUUGGCGGUAUCUCUGAAGAGUUCGGCGUCAGCAUGCAAGCUGCCCGAUGUGGCGCCAUGAUAUUUUUGGUGCUUUACGCCUUUGGCUGUGAGCUGUGGGCUCCGUGGAGUGAGGAACUUGGUCGGAAGCCCAUCUUGCAACUCAGUUUGUUUCUUGUUAACAUCUGGCAACUCCCCGUGGCUCUUGCUCCAAACUUCGCGUCCAUUAUGGUAGGACGUGCUCUUGGAGGUCUGAGCUCCGCUGGUGGCUCGGUUACUCUGGGUAUGAUCGCAGAUCUUUGGGAAGCUGAUGACCAGCAAUACGCUGUCGCUUGUGUGGUUUUCUCAUCCGUCGGCGGCUCAGUGAUUGGACCAGUUGUCGGAGGGUUCGUCGAGGCUUAUCUGCCAUGGCGCUGGAACAUUUGGAUUCAGCUUAUCUUUGGAGGCUUUGUGCAGGUGGCACACUUCCUACUUGUUCCUGAGACCAGAACGACGAUCUUGAUGGAUCGCAUCGCCAAGAAACGGAGAGAAACCGGCGAGAACCCGAACAUAUACGGACCCAACGAGCUGGUGCCGUUCAGGGAUCGGUUUUCGAUGCGCGAAGUCCUCAGCACAUGGGUUCGUCCGUUCAAGAUGUUCUUGACCGAGCCAAUUGUCUUGACUCUGUCCCUUCUGAGCGGUUUCAGCGACGCCCUGAUCUUCAUGUUCAUCCAAUCCUUCAGUCUUGUGUACGACCAGUGGGGUUUUGACACUGUGACACUAGGAUUAUCGUUUCUGCCCAUUCUUGUGGGUUACUUCAUCGCUUGGGCAUCAUUCAUUCCGGUUAUCAGAAGAAAUAUUGCGGAGCGUCGUAUGAAGCCCGAUGAUGAGCGUGCUCAAUACGAGUCCCGGCUUUGGUGGCUACUAUACACUGCGCCCUGCUUGCCGAUUGGCUUGAUUGGCUUUGCAUGGACCAGCCUGGGACCUCCUGUUCACUGGAUUGGAAGCAUGGUUUUCUCUGCUAUCGUUGGUAUUGCCAACUACAGCAUCUAUAUGGCUACCAUCGACUACAUGAUCUGCGCUUACGGGCCAUAUUCCGCCUCCGCAACUGGUGGUAAUGGAUGGUCGCGUGACUUCCUAGCUGGUGUGCUGACAAUCCCUGCCACCCCUUUUUUCGAAAACAUCGGUGGAAAAUAUCAUCUUGAAUACGCCUCCACGAUUCUAUUUUGCAUCUCCUUCCUCCUCGUCGUGGCGGUUUAUGUUAUCUAUUGGUAUGGGCCGACGCUUCGCAAGCGAUCGCCCUUCGCCCAACAGCUGUCCGACGCGAGAGUUGAGCUUCAGACAUCCGGUCGACGCCUCUCUAAGAUCCCAUCUGGCUCGAGGGCGAAUUCCUUCGCACGUUCGCAACAGAACCUGCGUGUUCGUUACACCCUUGGGAGCCGCCCUGGAAGUUAUGUGGCAUCUCGCCCAGCUUCAAACGUCAACUCACGAGUCAAUUCUCGCCGGAACAGCCUGUCCCGUUAAAUGUUGAUACGGACCUUUUAUAUAGUCUGCGACCUUAAGU